GUGACCCAGAUUGGGCCGACACUCAACCUUACUUCCACGCUGCACUACAAAUGUCGUCACAUCCUGUCACGUGACCCACUGACAAGCUGUGUUUGCGGACGCCUUUUUGCAUUACCCCCUGCGUCUAUUCAGCUUGAACAAUUUCCUCUCAGAUGAAAAGAAGAUAUCCGUCCUCUUAUAGCUAUUUCCCUUUAUUAUAACUGCCAAAAAUACAGCUCCGAUGACCGUUCUUUGUCAUAGUGGCUAUACUUCCCUUUUAGCACUAGGUGAGAACGAGCGAGGUCUGUCAAGUAUUGUGAGACAAGAUUUACAGCCCCGCAGAGCUUCGAGUGAGAGGAUGGGAUAGCACUCUGCAUGCUACUUGGCCGUAAGCCGGAGUAGAUGAUUGAACGCCACUAGCAUACAGAGAUGACAAACGUGAUAUAGCUGUCAUCGCGUGAAGUUUCUAACCCCUCUACCACGUAAUCUCGAAACAAAACACCCUUGGGAGCUCAUGAGAUGUAAAUAUUCUUUCAAAUAGCAAGAGCGGAUCGCCCAACUGACACGGAUUUCCAUGUGGAGGUUGGCUGCUCUAACCGGAUAGCAUUGUGUUGCGCAGAAUCGGUCCUGAAGAACCGGAAGUUCCGUGUGAGUUCCGGUCAAGAUUUAGCAUCCUCGUCAGAGGACCGAGCAAGAAACACGUUCCGCAGACGGCGAAAAGAAUUGGCUUGAAAGCGGGCGGCAAAACGCGCUUGAAAGCUGGAGAUCUCGCGGAAGGAAAGAGCUAACUUUAUUACGCUUCAAGCGGUCAUUACAUUGCAAUAAUGUUGGAAAGAUUACGGCGAAGUACAGUCUUUUUAGUGUUGGCAUUAUGUUUGCUGUAUUAUGUGUCAGCCGACGACGAAGACUACGACCCUUGCAAAGCAGAGGGUUUCAUACAGGGGGAUAUCGCUCUAACUCCACAAGAUAUGAAAAGAGUGACACGCCAAAGACGCGCGGCUACUGCAUUCGUGGGUCGUUUGUGGCCAGGCGGAGUCAUACCCUUCGAGAUUGCUGACGAAUACACAGGUGAGCAAAAGGCCACCAUCUUACAGGCGAUGCGUCACUGGGAGAACUUCACUUGUCUCUCAUUUAUCGAACACACGGAGGAGGAAGACUUUAUUUAUUUCCACAAGGGACGCUGCGGCUGUUGCUCCUACGUGGGGCGUAAGGGUAACGGCCGACAGGGAAUCUCAAUCGGCAAGAACUGCGACAAGUUCGGCAUCAUUGUACACGAGAUUGGUCAUCUUGUGGGAUUCUGGCACGAACACACACGGCCGGACCGCGACCAAUUUGUCGAGAUUAUCCGCGAGAAUAUCAAGAAAGGUGAAGGACACAACUUCCAGAAGUUGACGAAGGCCGAAAUCGACUCCAGAGGCGAGGAGUAUGACUACAAGUCCAUCAUGCACUAUGGGAAAAAUACAUUUGCCACGUCACUAAACCAUGUGACCAUCUUGCCAAAGAGAAGCGGGGACAUGGUGCCCGCGAUCGGUCAGCGUGAACAUCUCAGCCUGGGAGACAUUCGUCAGACAAUCAAGAUGUACCGAUGUCCUGAGUGUGGGCGCACGUUACAAGAGCCCUCUGGUGCCUUCACAUCACCAGGCUACCCCAGCCCCUACCCUCUUGGUAGACAUUGUGAAUGGCGGAUCUCCGUGACGCCGGGCGAGAGGAUUGUGCUGAACUUCACAGUCUUCCAUCUCAAGAAAACUUCUUUUAACAAAUGCAAAAAUGACUUCGUCGAGGUGCGGGAUGGGCACGGGCGGGAGUCUAAUCUUAUUGGUCGGUUCUGCGGGACACGGGUACCACCCUCUAUCUGGUCCACCGGAAGUCGGUUGUGGAUAAAGUUCAAGUCCGACGGCGUGGAAUCGAGGCCUGGAUUCAAAGCCGUUUAUGAAACGCGCUGUGGUGGACCGAUUCGUAAAGCACACGGUACGAUCCAGUCUCCCAAGUACCCAAGCUGGUACCCAUCAUCCAAGGAGUGCGUGUGGACCAUUGCAUUACCUGGCAAGGGUUCCCGCGUGGGUAUGCGCUUCGUAGCGUUCGAUGUAGAGGAUCACGAGCAGUGUCACUAUGACUACCUGCAGCUGUUUGAUGGACAGGACGAGUGGGCGCCUUCAAUCGGCAAGUUCUGCGGCAAAGAGAUCCCCGGCGAAGUGCGAAGUAACUCGAGCUACCUUACCAUCAAGUUCAAGUCGGACGCGUCCAUCAACAAACCUGGGUUCUACUUGUCGUUUUUCUCAGAACGUAACGAAUGCAAUAACAACAAUGGCGGCUGCUCACAGAUCUGCCAGAACACUCUUGGGAACUACAAGUGCGCAUGUUAUCCAGGUUAUGAGCUGCACUCGGACGGCAAGAACUGCGAAGCUGCAUGCGGAGGGGUCCUAUCUAACGGUAACGGGACCAUCACCUCCCCGAGCUACCCCGCCAGCUACCCCAAGAACAAGCGAUGCCUGUGGAGAAUCACGGGACCGUCUGGUCAACGCAUCUCUCUCAAGUUCAACGACUUCAGACUUGAGGGCAACGGCAACGGAGUUUGCCGUUACGAUUACGUCGAGGUUCGGGAUCACGAGAAUAAGAUUCUUGGAAGGUAUUGCGGUUCCAAGAACCCAGAAACAGUGACGUCACCAUCCAAUGUGAUGUGGGUGGAGUUCCGCUCUGAUCACACGCAGUCGAGACGCGGCUUUUCGGCCAAGUACUACGCAGAUGAAGACGAGUGUCGCGAGAGGAAAGGCGGGUGUCAGCAUAUUUGCGUCAACACUAUUGGGAGUUACCGCUGUACAUGUAAACCCGGCUUUGUCCUGCAUCCAGACCAGCACAGCUGCAAAGAAGCGUCCGACUGCGGUUCCACUGUGACGUCACUAACAGGCCUGAUCAUGUCUCCUAACUUUCCCGGAGUUUACCAACACAAGAAAGACUGCACUUGGAAGAUCACAGUUACUCCUGGUAGCCACGUGGAACUCAACUUUCGGAUCGAGGAGGCAAAAGAGUGUCGCUAUGACUACGUCGAGGUAUUCUCGGGCACAGGCCACCAGGCCGAGAGUCUAGGACGCAUUUGCGGCAACAAUCUCCCCAGCCCGUUUCGAUCGCGGGCUCACAAGAUGCUAAUCAAGUUCCAUUCAGAUUCGCUCAUAGCAAAACGAGGGUUCAAAGCGCGCUACACGGCACAUUGUGGAGCAAAUUUGAAUGCAGUUAGUCAAAAGCGGAUAUUUUACUCGCACCCAGCCUAUGGCGACGAUAACUACGGCCCCAAGAUGAAGUGUAACUGGACACUGACGGCUCGCAAUGGGUUCAUCAAACUGCGCUUUAAAGAAUUCGACAUCGAGAAGGAAGCUUAUUGUAGCUAUGACUACGUCAACAUCCGUGACGGCAAUAGCACGUCAUCGCCGUUGCUAGGGAAACAGUGUGGCAGUUCCGGGAAGAAGGGGCCUUUAGAGUUCGUAUCGACGGGUAAUAAGAUGUAUAUCGAGUUUGUGACUGACGUCACUAACCAACACAAGGGGUUCAUUGCUGAAUAUGUGCGAGUGAAGAGGACCAAGUAUAGAAGAAAGAGGAAGGAUGGGAAGGAGUAGGGCUUUCUAUAGCAGUGCCGCAUCAAUCAAAAUUUGAGGAACCCUGAAUUGGGAUGGGCGGGGCUAGUGCAGUAUAGAACCUUAUGUUUAGUUUUUUUUCUGCUACUUAUUAAAAAUUAUAGGAAUCGCUGCUAAGGACUCUUUAGAUGAAGGAUAAGUCAAAGACAAACUUGCAAGUGCAAAGAGUGCCUUUGUGACGCGUAGAGGUGGGGAGCUUUGAAGGGAGUGUAACUGAAUGGGAUUCGUGUUAAAUGCAUUUCACUUUUACAAUUUUCAUAUUGUUUUCAUUUGCAACGACUAUAAUGUCAAACACAAAAGAGAGAGGUUUUAUGUAAAUUCGAGAUUAGAAUUUGGUAAAGAUAACGUGAUUCAUCUAGAUAUAAGAAUUCUAGUUGUGCUUAGUAAAUUAUUUUAAUGCUGUUUGUACAUUAUAGAUGUUUUUCGGUUUUCAUAUUUUGUGAGCUUCAUGAAGUAUUAUUCUUUAUCGAGUAGAAAAGCAGGCGUGCAAAUUGGCACAAACGAAAUAAGUGUUCUGUGUGCUUGAAUAUAAAAUUGAGUUUAUGGAGACAUGGGUUUCUGGUACGUCGCCAUUUGACUUCGAAAAAAGAAGAGUAUCAAUAAAUACUCAAUCUCAAUGUUCAAUACGAUACUGUAAAGCGCACAGACGAAAGGUUUUAGCUAAAACUUAUUUAAAACGGCUAGAUAAUCAUUCGCGUGACUUCAUAAUUCAAUUAAAUAUUUGCUACGGCUGGGACCUAAUUCGGCGUUUAAAACCAACGCCGUCUUAUAGCCGUAUUUUGCCGGUUUAGCUACAUUUGCAGACAUUAUAAUAACUUAUGCAUCCUAUACGGCGCAUGGUUUAUACGGCGUCUAAAACCAAUCUGACUUAAGCCUUACUAUGCGCCUGGGCCAGGCGUAUUAUCUCGCAGACUCGUAUUUAAUUCGACCGGCCGUAUAAAAUGGUUAAAGACGCCGAAUUAACCAUGUAUAAAAUUGUAAAAAAAAAUUAAGACGGCUGAAUUUAAUGCGAUGUUGAUGCGGCCUUUAAAUUAGGCCUAAGAUUUGGCUGGCUUGUCUUGCAACAAGUAGCAUGGCGGCGAGAAACUGUGUGAGAGUGUCUUUCUGUUCUGUUUGUUUUGCAAACAAACCCCUUGGUAUAGCCAAGACCGCCAGAAGAGGCAACACUGAAUCUCCUGCCAAAUAUUACCGUGUAGUACGUAUAAUCGUAGAACUGACUUAAAUCGAUUGCUCACAAAAAGAUUGAAGCUGAUUUUUCUUUCUAAAAUCCGUAAAUGGCUAGAAUUUUGCAUAUGCCAUUGCUAUACGAUCCAAUGAAUAAUUUAUCACUUUAACAUUUUUUGUACUUAAUGCAAAAGUUAUGAAAAAGUUAAAAACGAGGUGACUUAUGUUCGUCCAAGAAUAUAAAAAGUGCAACUAUAUUUUUCAAACAAUUUCAAGGUAUAUGUAUAAUAUUCACAAGGCCUAAGUAAUCAAGCUAUUAAACAAAGCAUAGUUUACAUAAAAUAAAUAUACACGUUUAGAUUGAA